CGCACACGCCUCUUCGAACACCACUCUCCUCAACUUAAGAAACCCAGCAUCCUGCCACCCACGACUCAUCCGCUGCCUCCCUGCAUUAACACCAAACCUGCGCACUCGGCCGACCGCAAAAAAUGUCUUCCGGACAAGCCUACCAACUGCCCACCCAAUCCAGCGGCUUCGCAACUGGUUACGCCGCAGGCGAAUCCUCCGCCGGACCGGCCGUCCAGUACGUGUGCGGCGAGUGCAACACGAAAGUGAGUCUGGGAAGAGGCGACGUCAUCCGAUGCAGCAUGUGCGGGCACAGAGUGCUUUACAAGGAGAGAACGAAGCGGAUGGUGCAGUUUGAGGCUCGAUGAACGAUCAUGAUCCAUGUCCUGCCGACAGAUACGAACCAUGCCGCGGCCGCGACGUUACCGACGACACAGACGCAAUGAAAAAUGGGGUUUCUUGAUUAUGGUUCUCUGCAUAGCACAGGCGUUGUUAGGAUGGUUCUGUAAGCAGGCGGCAAAGCGGAACGGGCCCAUAAAUCAGUACAAGAAGAUACACAAUGAGGAAUUCCCAACAUGAGCAAUCCAGACAAGAUAAGAUUCAAAUGGCAUUGUACUUUUGGGGACCUCCAUUCUAUGCCCUGUUGGUGAACUCUAUGAACUUUUCGAACUCUUUCAGGGCUCUUCCGCUUUCUAUGCACCAUCUAGCCUUCUUUACGCCUUCCUUCCAUCUUCCCCCAGCCGGCCCUCGCUCCGUGAUGACUUCAC